AUGGAGGAGCUUCUUCUCUCCACCCCGAUCAACCCCAAUAACUUCCCAGCCAAACUGUGGCGCAUCGUGAAUAGCCCCCGGUACCGUUCGAUCCGCUGGGAUCCCCGCGGAGAAGGGCUCAUCGUCGACCAGCAGCUCUUCGAAUCCGAGCUUCUCGCCCCGAUCAAGAACGUCAGCAAUGGUGCCAAACUAGAGCCCAACACCGACCUGCUCUUCAAAACCACAAACUUCACCAGCUUCAUCCGCCAGCUCAACCUGUACGGUUUUAGGAAGUUGGGACAAGGGAGCAGCGAGCACCCAGUGCCUGGCGAGCUGGGGGCAGGGGAUGGGCUACUUCACCACUUCCACAACCCCAGUUUUAAACAGGAUCACCCAGAGCUACUUGUCAACAUGAAAAGGUUAACCAGUGCCAACAAAGCCAAGCUGGCAGCUGGGCUCCAGGUCAACACUAGACCACCCAACCGUUUUCAGAGGUAUCUCACCAAUUCCAUGGACUCCAUUGGCCAGACCAAAGGAGAGCGACAUGGACCUGUGACAGUUGGCCAACUUCAACGAACAUUCCGCAGAGAUAAUUUGUCCCCAUACCCAUUUUUGUCAUCGACACACAAUCAAAGUUCUAACCCUGGUGGCCUAGAUCGAACCCCAAUUCCUCCACGUACAUGGCACAGCUCUAUUGGACUAGUGGCUGGACAAAUUGAUACCUCCUCGUCUUCUCCAUUUUCUGAUAAGGCAAUUCCUUUUUCUGUCAUACAACGAUUUCCUACUGAGGUCACCUAUAGUCUGCAACCAAAUCCUAAUAAUGUGCAUGUUCAAGGAUCUCAAGAGAUAGGACCUGCUGGUCAGAAAUAUACCAGUUAUCUUACUCCUCCUUCACAGUAUCAUCAGGCCUUCUAUCCAACAGCAGUCUUGCAGUGCUGUACUCCUAACUCCCACCUGGAUCCACUGGCAGGUUGUCCAAAUACAAAUGUUUCUCCUUAUCCUAACUACAAUUAUUAUCAGGUGGCUGUAAAGGUUGACCUGGGAGCCACUUAUUCUGGUGCAGUGUGGACACAAAAUACUACCAUGCAGUCUUCAUAUCCUGUUGAUAUUCUACACAGCAAUGCAGCACACUGGGACUGCACUGCUACAGAUGAAUCCAAAAUAUCUGAAGUUAAUUUGGGAACUGUCUUUCAGAUAGUGGAUGAAUUAAGAGCUUCUCCAAAACUUCAGCUGGUGAAGAUGGAUGACACAGAGAAUGCAACUCAAAUGCAAGAAUCACAGAAAACGCAGCAGGCACCGAGCUCUCCAAUAUUUACUGAAAAUGUAGGAGCCAAUAUACGACCAUUGGAAAUUCAGACCCUGACUACUGCAGUCUCGGAAAUUAAAUCUUUUGUGGUAGCAGCAGCGGACCAGCCACUUUCAUGUUCACUGCCAGCAUUUGCUGACAGCAUGCUUACAACUACGUCGAAGCUAUCUGAAAAUACAACCACUGUAAGCAUUGUACCUGAACCAAUAGCUUCUGAUCAGUGUCUAACACAAGAUGAGGUGCCUAAGCUGUGCCACAAUACAUCUCUCCAUCCGUUAAUGUUUGUUGAGGGUGGAACAGAAUCCAUCUCUGAAAAAACAGUACAUGGUACUAACUAUCAUACUGGCUCUUUGGAUCCUGUCCAGACCUCUGAUCGAUCUAGAACCAUUAUUUCAGCACUACUUUCUGACUUCGACUUACCUAAAGAUACAGUUACACCUAAUGCAAGACGACAAAACAGUGGUCAACAGGCUAAGUCUCCUGAUCUUCAUCUUCUAGUAGACGUGGCUUGUAACCAGGAUCACUUUCAAAAAGUGGAGGAUAUCUGUGUUUGGGAGACAGAAGCCAGCCAUUCUCCUCAGCUUUCACCUUAG